AUGAGUACAAUAUUAAUUAAUAUACUUGAACAACGUCUCAAUAAUAUUACUAAUCGUUGGAGAGACGUUUAUAAUUAUAGAAUUGAUUAUUUUCUUCGAAAUUCUUAUGAUGAAUUAAAUUAUAUAAAUAUGAAUGAAAUUGAACAAACAAUGGAAAUGAUUGAAGCUUCAUCUUCAAUUAUUAUUGAUACAACACAUCAAUUCUCGGAUAAACAAUUACAAUUAUUAAGUCGUGGACCAAGUUAUGUACCACCAUGUUUAAUGUAUAUCUUAUUUUCAAAUGAAUCUAUGGAUGACAUUGUCAAAAAACAAUUUGCACCAUUAAAACAUCAAUUAAUGAAUCCUUUUGAAAAAUAUAAUAUUAAUUUACCUUUACGAAUGGAAAUUCACGAUAAAACUUAUAAUGAAUUUAAAAAUCUUUUUUCCAAGUCAAUACCAUCGAAUCUUUAUCAACGUGCUCUCUAUGAAAAGAACUUAAUUCAAUCAAUUCAAUAUUCUUUAAAGAAAAAUAAUCUUAUUCUACGAAGAACUGCUAAUAAUAUGAAUACAUUCUAUGCAGGCAACAUUGCCGAUUUCGAAACAAAAGCUGAUCGAUAUUUAACAA